AUGGCAAUUACGGACAAGUUAGAAGACUUCGUGGAACAAAGUAUCGUCCGUAUAACAGGCCAGAAGAAUGAGGAAGUUACUGAUAUUCAACUUUCCGCCCAAAGUCAACGUGGUCUCGAUUGGUUUUGUUUUUUCCUCUCUGAUAUUCUCAACGGUGUUGAUUCUUUUUUAACUGUCUACCUUGCAGGCAAAAAUUGGCAGCCACAACAGAUUGGCUUUGCCUUGAGUGCUUCCAGUUUUACAACUAUGAUAUCUCAAAUACCAAUCGGUGCCAUAGUCGAUAGUGUGCGUAAUAAACAAGCGCUAAUCACUCUAGGAGUUGUUGUCAUACCCAUCACUGCAAUUAUUUUCGCAUUCUGGCCUUUGUUUUGGCUCGUUGUCUUAGGUCAAAUUAUGUUAGGUAUUGUCGAGCCGAUGUUUUGCCCUGCAAUAUCAGCCAUUUCUUUGGGAUUGGUCGGACAAACUCACCUGGGGACGCGUAUCGGUCGUAAUCAAGCUUAUGGAGCAGCAGGAAAUGUAGUCUCAGCUGUGGUCAUGGGACUUCUUGGUUACUAUGUAUCUACUCAAUCUAUUUUCUUCUUUGUCGUUGGUAUUUCCGUUCCAGCAUUGAUAUCGCUUUCAUGCAUUCGCCGCCAUGAAAUCAACUAUGAACGUAGUCGUGCUGCUAAACAGUGUGUAAAUGGUAUGACAGUAUUCACUUAUCGACAAUUACUGGUUCACAUUUUUCAUGAUCGACGUCUUCUAAUAUUUUUCAGUUGUGUCAUAUUGUUUCACUUUGGUAAUGCAUCAAUGCUUCCCAAUAUGGUUCAAGCGGUUGCUCGUGACCAUUCACCUGGAGCGUCUUCGGUGUUUCUAUCUGCAUGUGUUGCUGUUACUCAAUUCGUGAGUGCAUCUUUGGCUGCAUGGGUUGGACGUCGUGCAGAUGUCUGGGGUCGUAAGCCACUAUUACUGGUUGGGUGGGCUGCAGUACCUAUACGUGGUUUUGCAUGUAUCUUAACUCGCAAUCCUAUACUUUUAGCUAGUGUUGAAAUUCUCGAUGGGAUUGCAGCUGCUGUCUACGCCGUGGUCAUAGUUCUUGUAGUUGCUGAUUUAGCUCAUAACACAGGCCGAUUUAAUCUUUUACUUGGCGUGCUUAGUGUGUCAUCCGGACUCGGUUACACGUUGAGUAAUUCAAUUACGGGAAUAAUUGUUCAACGCUUCGGUUUCAAUUAUGGAUACAUGGUUCUAUCAACGUUCGGUACAGCUGGAUUUAUUCUAUUACGAUUUGCAAUGCCGGAAACAUUAUUAGUAUCAAAUACUAUCAUCUGA